UCCCGAAAGAGAUUCUGCUGCGUUGCGUUGUAACUUUAAAGGGUUUUUUCAUUUGUUCUUCUCUUCACUUGUUCAGUUCAGCGCUAAGCAGGAGAGAACAAAGAAACAGAAACGAUGCCGUGCCUCAACAUCUCCACCAACGUCUCCCUCGACGGCGUCGACACCUCCUCCAUCCUCUCCGAAGCUACCUCCACCGUCGCCAACCUCAUUGGAAAACCCGAAGCCUAUGUGAUGAUUGUACUGAAAGGGUCAGUGCCCAUAGCCUUUGGUGGGAAUGAGCAGCCUGCGGCUUAUGGUGAAUUGGUGUCCAUUGGUGGUCUUAACGCCGAUGUGAACAAGAAGCUUAGCGCCGGAAUUGCUUCAAUUCUUGAAAACAAGCUGUCUGUGCCGAAGUCAAGAUUCUUCCUGAAAUUCUAUGACACCAAGGCGCAUCAGAGUCAAGAAUAUGCACAGUGUUUGCAUGCUUUACACCAGCACUAGAUCAUGGUUCGAACUUUGGAUGGAAUGGGUCUACAUUCUGAAUUCCAUGAUCCUUUUGUUGUGGUGCCUUGAACCUGUUGGAGUCUUUGAACUGUCACCUCUACUAUUAUGUCAACACUUGAUAUUUUAUGUCAUGUUAUAAGUUCUCUGCAUUUUUGUUUGCCCCAUUUGGGACAUCAUGCAACUGUAAGGUGAUUAACUGAGGUCAAAUGAGGGUUCAUAAAUGCUUAUGCUACAUUUUGUACUAAUACUAUUUGGCACCACCAGAAAUGAAUGUGUUGAUGAUGCAUUACGGGUUAAACUUGAGACCCAGAUGAAA